AUGGUGGACGACCCAGGCAGCGGUCUCGAACUUCAGUGGCUUGUGCAGCAUGCCGUGCUCGCAGAAGCAGGGCCGGUUAUAAAAGCCCAUAUGGAAUCACUUGCAGAUCGCAUGAAGACCCUAGAGGAUCUGCUGCGCAAACAAGGCUUACAACAACCAACUGCCGACCGGAAUCUCAAAUCGAACGGAUCAAACGAGCAGAAUCAGCUGAAAGGAACGGCACAAAGGACCCCGCCUUCGACGACCGAGAAUAGUGAGGCAGUCGAGACUGGGUUCGCCCCUGACGCACACAUUGUUCCUACUGAAAGCGUAACAUUUGAAUCCGACGAGAUGCAGCAUCCUCGCGUGCAAUCUGUGUGUUCCAGCGGUAGCCCACUUUCAACGGCAUCUAGUGAUGGAAUUCUGGCCCAUAUACUUUCCACUCAGGGUCACUGGACCUACGAUGACUUGACUGGAAGGCUCCGAUACUUUGGACCGACUACUAACUUCCAUAUCUACUCCGCCAUGAGCACCUGGCCUCGCUCUCUGGAGUGUCGGGACCAGGAGAGAUAUGGUCUCUUUGCGCUAAGAGACAUUCCUCAACAGACGCAAGACUAUCUUCUGGACCUGUACUGGACAUACUACAAUAGCGUUCUGUUCGUUGUCCACAAAGAAGCAUUCUUGAACGACAUGAGGCAAAGACAGAAUACUCAUUACAGCGCCUUCCUACACCUUACCCUCCUCGCCAUGGGGAUGCGCUUCGCUGAUACUAGUCUGCCCCUAGUCAGCGAUCUCCUAGGAUCGGGCAAGGAGACCAAAAUCCAGAGGGAAGCCCGGCGCUUGGUCGAUUUCGAACUUUCGUCGCCUGGGGGCCUGCCCAGUAUCCAGGCCUUGCUGAUUCUAGGAGAUUUGGAGAAUGCUACCGGAAGGGACAGCAGUGGAUGGAUGUACUCUGGUAUGGCAUGUCGGCUGGCGAUUGACGUAGGACUAAACCUUGACUGCACGAUGAUCGACCUGCCCAAGGUCACCGUGCAAGUGCGACAUAUGGUGCUCUGGGCAUGUGUCACCUACGAUACGUACUGGGCUUUAUUCCUGGGUCGCCCGACGGUGAUCAAGGGCUCUGAUCUAGGAAGCAACCAGCUGUCACGCAGUAUGGAACUCAUGGCGGAAGCUCUCGACUCGCUUGAUGGGGAAAUAUAUCGGUAUUUGCUCCAGUUAAUGGAGUUCGCCAGGCGGAUGACCGAAAUCUUCGAGGUUGGUGCUUUCCGGAUAGAUGUGAAGGCUUACCUCGCGAUGGCUGCGUUGGAUCGAAAACUCAACGAGUGGUAUUCAAACCUUCCGGAUCAUCUCAAGUGGAGACCGGUAAAUAUUCAGAACGCGCCUGCGGGUUUCCUUUUGUUACAUCAACAGUUUUAUGCACUUUUGAUUCUGCUACAUCGGCCGUUCGCCAAUUAUGGCCACCCGGAAGCAAGUAGAGUGCCUUCGUCAGAUGAUGCACCUCCGUAUCCCGAGAUCAACGAGCUCUCCAUUCUGUCGCGCAAAGUGUGUUUUGACAACUCGAUCCGGCUCGCGAGGAUCUUCAAGUAUUAUUACUCCAGAUUUCAGGGUAGCCAGAUGUUCAUCACUGGCCUGGAUCACGCUGGGACGGCGGCAACAGCCCUGAUUGCAGGUAUAGCGAGCUUACAGGACCCCGCUGAGCGUACUGUCCCACUUCGUUAUCUCCAGGCCAUGAGAGAUGCUAUGAGGAGCAUGGGUUCCAUCUACAAGGCCGCAGACAGGAUGGCCAAUGUUCUGGACAAGAUUUUCGAAGACCCUGGCUGGGCUGAAGGGCCAAAAUUGCUCUUUUCAGGACCACAAACUUCCCAAAUGAGUCAAAUUCGAGGCUCGCCCACGUCUCUGAAGCGGAAGAGCACGUUUUCGCAGGACGACGUACAACCGCCGCAAGCACAUAGACAGCGCGUCCAAGGCUCAAGCCCCAGGCACCCCCGCCACGGGCCGAUCAACACAAGCACCUCCAACACUACCAAGAGGUAUUACAGGGCGCCCACUAUGGAUCGAGAUCCCGGGUUUGGGCUUGAUUCGGUCGUGACGUCCAACAACUGGAGCUUGGGCACCUUUCCUACUAUGGGCACAAAAUGGCCAACAGAUAUGGGCGGCUUGAAUCUCACUGACCCACUGUUUUUCGACGACGAUUUUCUCAACGUCGACCACAUAUCCAACGACAUACUCAGCCAAGAUAAUGGGCCGGACGUUGCCAUAUUAGAUGAUGACGCCAACAUAGUGCCCGCUCCUAUACCCUCCCUCGACUCGAGUGACACUCCCCACCUAACCGGGCGCCAUUCCGGGGUUGAUACGUUGAACGGUAUUAUCGCAGCUCCUUCAGAUCAGGUUGUGGAAGGCCCUGUGUCGCCAAUACCUUAUUGGCCCUCUCGUCCACCACCCAAUCGACAUCCCUCAAUGUCGGACUAUCGCAAAAGCGUGAAUUGGAUGUGA